GUGCGUAUCAGUUACACGACUUUUGCUUAGGAUUUUCUUUAUUACAUUAUGUCUGCUGAAAAAGAAAGAAAAAUAACAGGUAGUAAGUUGACAAGGCUUUUGAACAUAUAUCUUCAACAAUGAUAAAUUAGCAACCUCCUUUAUAGGAUGAGUCUGCCAUAGACAAAUUUGGGUCUGUUUGAACGAAAAAGGGAAAGCGCCACUUUUUUGACAGGCGAAAAUUGUUAUUCCCGACUGGAGAAAGUAUACCGUGUGGCCGCAUUGUUGCGUAUAUUUAUCCCACUCAAAAGAACAUACACAAUCGCCUUUUGUGAAUCAUAUGCUCUGAAUGCAUCAACUAUCCUCCAUUCUGAGAUUGACAUCGCGUCGAAUUACAGUCCCCCAACAAUCGAAUACCACUACCAGCAGGACUGCUUGUUUCCGCACGGCAUGCUGUCGUCGCCCAGUAACCGUUGGAGCAACCACACAGCCACGAAGACAACAACAGCACCGUUUACCGUUAUCUUUCUCUCCGCAGCAGCAAAAGCGAUGCUUGAAUGUUGAGAACAAGGCCGUAGUACAGCACACAUCUCCCACAAAGACGUCUGAUCUCAAGCUACGCUGUACCGAGUUCGACGACAAGGGUGCAGUACGAAUAACGGCUGGUGAAUUUCGUAAAACCGAUUUAUGCCAACGCCAUUCACUCUUACCACGCGAUCUACGUGGCAUUGACACACAUUCCGCAUACCAGAAACCGGCGAUGCUUGUUCGUUCGGAAGCCAUUUUGGCCAAUAUGACGUAUCUCAAGGCACUUGUCAAGAGUGACCUCGUGGUCUUGUUUGAUACGUUUGGAUCGUCUGAUAGUUAUAAUAAAAGCAUAUUCAUCUAUGACUUGCAAGAACGACUCAGGACCCACAAUGAGCUGCCUUUUGAAUUCAGAGCAAUCGAAGCGAUACUUGUUUCAAUCACAUCGUCGCUGCAGUCCGAGCUAGAAGUGCUUGAAGCACCAGUGACGAAACUGUUGGGCGACUUGGAGGAUAUUGCAGAUGUCGAAGAGUCAGUGAAACAGAGUCAUCUGCGGGAUUUACUCCAAUAUUCUAAAAAGCUUGCAAAGUUUGAAAAAGAUGCGCUAUCCAUCCAUGAUGCAAUCAGCGAUUUACUAGAUCACGACGAAGAUUUGGCAGCCAUGUAUUUGACAGCCAAAAAAGCCGGGAAGCCUCGGGAUGCAUCGGACCACGAAGAAGUGGAACUACUGCUGGAAGCAUACUUGAAACAAACAGAAGAAAUUGCAAGCAAGGCAUCUUCGUUGAUAUCCGACAUGCGGUCAACCGAGGAAAUUGUACAGAUCAUCCUUGACGUUUCACGAAACUCCCUAAUGUGGUUCGAGAUCCGACUAAGUAUUAUCACGUUGUCUGCAAGCAUCGUGAGCGUCUAUGGCGCUCUGUUUGGCAUGAAUUUGAAGAAUUACUUUGAGGAUGACCCUGUCGCUUUUGGCGUGAUGUCGGGCAUGGCCAUGCUCACAGGAUUGGGUGCUUAUAUUGUCUCGUUGCGUAAACUCAAGACUCUUGCCCAAAUAAAAAAGAAGGCGAGCAAUACACUCAUGCGUCGCUUGUACAAACUAUAGCUUCUUAUUCACUACCUACAUAGCAACAACCAUCUUAAAUAUUAUGUACAUAGAAUUCACCAGUUACCCAUUUUUUAACCACCGCCACCUACUCUUUUUUCCCUUUCACGCUUAAUAAAGUCUUGAUUUCCUUAGGACCAUUCUUUUUGGACAGAAGGAGAGGGCACGAACAUUAUGGAGAGACCAAAGAGCCCACCCAAUCAUCAUAAGUCGCGUGAUCCGCUCGAGCAUUAGAACCCACGGAACAAGAGCAGUUUCGGGAAUAAAUGGUGUUACAAAACAAAGUCAGGAGGUUUUGCAUGACUUUGUGUAUAUCACAUCGCAAAAAAGUUUCCAUCGUUUCUUGCUUGGUGUAUGUGUGUGUAGGUGUGUUAGCGGCAACAUAGUACUUAGUGCUUAGCGCAUAGUUUUGUAUUGCCGUCUGUUGUGGCCUGACA